AUGCGAAGGGUAGUCAUAACAGGCCUGGGAGCCGUCACACCUCUCGCAGUUGGCGUUCGACCGACUUGGAAGCGACUGAUCGAUGGCCAUUGUGGAAUAGCAAACAUCAGAGACAGAGACUCAAAGUUUGCGACUCUGCCAUCGCAAGUUGCGGGUGUCAUUCCUCCUGGCAAUAGAGUGGAUGGUGGGUGGAAUUCCAAAGAAUGGUUACAGCUGGGCGAUGACCGGAAAAUGGCAUUAUUUUCACAGUAUGCCAUGGCUUCAGCGGAAGAGGCCCUUCAAGACGCUAAAUGGAUGCCUCAGUCCGAGGAGGAUCUUCAAGCAACGGGUGUCUACAUUGGCUCUGGUAUAGGCAGUCUGGAUGAUGCCUACAACACAGCUGUAGAGUUCGAAAAGGGUGGCUACAAGAAAGUAUCGCCGCUAUUCGUUCCCAGACUUCUGAUCAACCUGGCCGCAGGUCACAUAUCCAUGAGGUACGGGUUCAAGGGGCCUAAUCAUGCAGCGACAACGGCUUGCACGACAGGAGUCCAUGCCAUCGGCGAUGCUGCCCGUAUGAUCACAUUCGGAGAUGCAGAUGUUAUGGUUGCCGGGGGUGCAGAAUCUUGCAUUCAUCCACUCGCCGUUGCUGGGUUUGCUCGCGCCAGAAGCUUGGCUACAGAUUGGAACGACAACCCACAAGAGGCUUCAAGACCAUUCGACAGAUCGAGAGCGGGUUUUGUGAUCGGCGAGGGAGCUGGUGUUGUGGUGCUUGAGGAGUUGGAGCACGCAAAAGCACGCGGAGCCUCCAUUUACGCCGAAGUCAGAGGCUAUGGCCUCUCGUCUGAUGCACAUCAUAUGACUGCCCCUCGAGAAGACGGUCAGGGGCCAUAUCUCGCCAUGAAGCGUGCGCUAAAGCAAGCCGGCAUCAAACCUGGCAGUGUCGACUACGUGAAUGCUCAUGCUACCUCGACUGUACUUGGUGAUGCCGCUGAGAAUCGUGCCAUCAAGACACUCUUGCUUGGUGAACAAGGCUACACGAAAGCUGGCGAAGUCAAUAUCAGCAGCACCAAAGGAGCAGUAGGACAUUUGCUGGGAGCUGCUGGAGCGGUAGAGACCAUAUUCACUGUACUGGCCUUGCAAAAUAAUAUUCUACCACCAACUUUGAAUCUCGAGCAGGCAGGCGACCCUGCGACCGACUUCGAUUGCAAUUAUGUACCAAACACAGCUCAGGGUCACAAUGUGCAAGUCGCUCUAUCCAACAGCUUCGGAUUUGGGGGAACGAAUGCAAGUAUUUGUCUAAGCAAGUACCAAGACUGA